AUGCGGUCAACUUCACCGUGGUUCGCUACCCGCAACUCCAUCGCUCUUGCUCGCGCCUUCACCGAGACGCUUUGCGAUUGCCAGCAGCGUCCACACGACAUCAACCUCGCUACGUCAAAGACAUGGGCUGUCAAGGCCGAAGUGGUCAAGGGCAUGUGCCAGGUAUCCCUCAUCUUCGCCUGCGGUACGGCUCUCUUCUCAGACGGCUAUGCCAACGGUCUCGUCGGUGCCUUGAACUUGCUCCUCAUGACCGUCUACCCCGACUAA